GGAGAAGCCGGGCUGGCCUGUAAAUAUCUUCCCAUAUUCUCCAAUGGAGGCUCCCCAUGGCGCACCAUCUUCUUUGGACCUGUCCCUGACACUGGCCUCCAUGACACCAGGCCCACCAUCAUCACCACCUCCAUGCUCCUCUCUUUGGGCUGCAGGAGACCACCUUGCUGCUGCCGGGGAAAACGGCCAUGGCCAUGGCCAUGGUGGCGCCUGCGAAGCGAGAUCUUCGAGGCGGCUGUUCUCAUGCCUCUUCUGCGAGAAGAAGUUUAUCAAGUCAGAGGCGCUCGGGGGUCACCAGAACGCGCACAAGAAGGAGAGGGUCGGAAGCUGGAACGCCCACCUCUACGAACAUGUCGACCACGACUACCCGCCGGCAACCGCAACGACUAGGGCGCCCAUGAGAUGGCCAAACGCGCGACUUGGCGACAACGCUGAGAAGCAGAUGCAGCAGCAGCAGCAGCUUGGUCUCAACCUUAAGCUUUAAUUAGCUAACUCGUGUGUACGUGUUUACUAUCUUCCUUUCAAUCUUCUCGUCCUCCUUGAACUAGCAAUUAGCUAGCUUGUGUGUAUGUGUGUGUGUGUGGCAGUGUGUUUUUCGCUAGCUACUCGGUACUCAUCAAUGUUCC